AUGCCGCCGGCAAAGAAAAUGAAGUUUUCACUUCCACGUGGUCAAAAGACACUAACCUCCAUGCAGUUUCCAACCGGCUUAAGUUCAGAAAUAGAAUCGAGUCCAGAGGAAGGAGAUACAGCAAAUGUAAGAAAUGCUGAUGCAGAAAUGAACAAUGACGAGACCAGUUACAGUAAAAGCGCUGAUAAACAAAAAAGAAAAUUUCAAUCAUCGUGGCUUAAAUUGUGGCCCUGGAUGAUUUACGAAUCGGAAAAAAUGUUUUGCACUAUAUGUAAAGAAAGGGGUAAAGACAAUAUAUUUACGCAGGGUUGUGGUACAUUUAAAACUUCGUCAUUAAAUAGACAUGAAAAUUCUCAAGAUCACAGGGAUAGUAUACAAGCACAGUCACUUAGUAAAGAGAUGAACGUAGCUGUAGCUAAAAUGAUGACAGACCACGAUUCAGCUUUAAUAAAGGCUAUAAAGACUGUACAUUGGCUUGCCAUUGAGAAUUUACCACUGUCAAAAUUCGAAAGUAUGAUGGAUUUUCUUAAAGAUAUAGGCACACCAAAUCUGAAUUUUUUACAAGUUGGAAAUCGAAUUGAUUAUCAGUCGUACUAUUCAGCUAAUGAAUUUCUACAUGCAAUUAGUGAUGUGAUAGAAGAGAAAACAACUGAAAACCUACAGAAGUCACCAUUUGUAACAAUAUAUGCAGAUGAAAGUACAGACAUUUGUAACAAGAAAAGAAUGACAAUGACAGCUAGGAUAAUUAACCCAGAAAAUUCUAGAGCACAAACUGUAUUUCUGAGAGACAUUGAGUAUGAGAGUGGGACAGGGGAGGGAUUGACUUCAGAGAUAAUCAAGGAGUUGAAUUUACGACACAUAUCGAUAUCAAAGGUCCUUGGUUUCGGAUCAGAUGGUGCAUCAGUCAUGACGGGGUUAGAUAAAGGUGUAAGUGGAAGACUGAAAGAAUUGAAUCCUCACAUUUUAAACAUUCAUUGCAUGGCACAUAGAUUAGCACUUUGCACUGCACAAGCAGCAGAAGGAAUCCCUGCUCUGAAAAGAUACCAAGAGUUUAUGACAAAAUUAUUCUAUUAUUUUAAAGUCUCAGCAGAUAGGGAGAAGGAAGUUCACAAAGUUCAAGCUCUUUUGGAUCAUCCCAUGCUGAAGUAUAAAGAAAUUCAUGCUGUGCGCUGGCUCUCAUUCUACGAUGGAUUAGAAACCAUUUACAAAACUCUUGAUCCUCUUUUAACUUACUUGCACAACCGAGAAGCCAAGAAAGACCCUAAAGCCAAAGGACUCCUAAAGCAAAUGGCCACAACGCAAUUCAUCUAUAUCACCUAUCUAAUGAUGGAUGUUCUUCCAAUUGUAAUGAGAUUGUGUCUAACCUUUCAAAAGGAUGACUUAGAUAUUGCUCGUGCUAAGAUUUCAGUUGACUCCUGUCUGAGUGAGCUGGAGGCUUUCAAAGAAGGAAAAACUUUCCACACUACAUUUGUUGAGCAGUUUGCUUCAGAUAUUACAGAAGUUGAUGACCAUCCUGAAUUCAAAGGACACAGAAUUCACAAAGUUCCUGGUGCGAAUUUCCAGUCACUUAAGAGCCAAUUUAUAAAUAGUUUGGUCUCAAAUAUUAGGAAAAGAUUUCCACAGAAGUCCCUGAUGGAUGCCUUCUAUGUCCUGUCCAUGCGAGCCAUUAAUUUCAGUGAUGUGGAGACAUAUGGUAUUGAAGAAAUAAAUGAACUUCUUGACUACUACGGAACUUCAAAAUGUCACAAAUCUGCCAUCUCACAGCCGGUAUUAUGUGCAGAGAAAGUUAGAAAUCAGUGGAUGUUGGCCAAGCAGAUUGUCAAGUCUGCAAGAUACCCAACAGACCAGAUGCAAGAAUUAUGGGAACUACUCACAAAACACCAUAAAGAAGAAUUGAAUGAACUGAUCAAGCUAGCACAGAUUGCACUCACUUUACCCCUGCACACUGCAAGUUGUGAACGAGUGUUCUCCCAGCAAAACAUUAUUCUUACCAAGCAGAGAAAUUCCUUGGCACCCAAAAUUUCCGACCGACUCCUAAGAGUUCGAUUAAACAAGCAAGAAACUAUCAAUUAUGAAGAUGUUUUGAAAAGAUGGAAUUCUUUAAAAAAGCGUAUCAUCUCUGCUCAGUAGUAUCAUAUUGUUAUGAUAUGUCAAUAAAGCAAUCCAAUAAU